AUGCAGCGAGCUCUCUCUACUUCUUCCAGGGCUUCGGUCCUCGCAUCUGCUGCUGCUACCAGAAGCCAGGUCUCUCAAUUCCGACCAGCUCUUGCUGCUGGUGUCAGCCUUCAGCAGCAGCGGUUUGCUCACAAGGAGAUUAAAUUCGGUGUUGAGGGCCGCGCCUCACUCCUGAAGGGUAUUGAUACUCUCGCUAAGGCUGUCACCGCCACACUGGGUCCCAAGGGACGAAAUGUUUUAAUAGAGUCCCCCUACGGCUCCCCAAAGAUAACAAAGGAUGGUGUCACCGUUGCUAAAGCUGUUUCUUUGGAAGAUAAGUUUGAAAACUUGGGAGCCCGGCUUCUCCAGGAUGUAGCUUCCAAGACCAACGAGGUUGCUGGUGAUGGAACUACUACUGCUACCGUUCUCGCCCGUGCCAUCUUCUCUGAAACUGUUAAGAACGUUGCCGCUGGUUGCAACCCAAUGGAUCUUCGUAGGGGCAUCCAGGCUGCUGUUCAGUCCGUUGUCGAAUACCUACAGGCCAACAAGAGAGACAUCACCACCACUGAAGAAAUCGCCCAAGUUGCUACCAUCUCUGCUAAUGGAGACCUCUUAGUUGGCAAGCUUAUCUCUAACGCUAUGGAGAAGGUUGGCAAGGAGGGUGUUAUCACUGUCAAGGAUGGAAAGACCAUUGAGGACGAACUCGAGGUUACCGAGGGUAUGCGAUUCGACCGAGGCUACACCUCCCCAUACUUCAUCACCGAUCCCAAGACCCAGAAGGUCGAGUUCGAGAAGCCACUUAUCCUUCUCUCUGAAAAGAAGAUCUCUGCUGUCCAAGACAUCCUUCCAGCUCUAGAGGCUUCUACCACCCUCCGUCGACCAUUGGUCAUCAUUGCUGAAGAUAUCGAUGGCGAGGCCCUCGCUGUCUGUAUCCUCAACAAGCUCCGUGGCCAGCUCCAGGUUGCUGCUGUCAAGGCACCCGGAUUCGGUGACAACCGCAAGAGCAUCCUUGGUGAUAUCGGAAUCCUCACCAACGCCACUGUGUUCACUGAUGAGCUCGACAUGAAACUCGAUAAGGCUACCCCCGAUAUGCUCGGAUCCACCGGCUCCAUUACCAUCACCAAGGAGGACACCAUUAUCCUUAACGGUGAGGGCAGCAAGGAUGCCAUUGCUCAACGCUGUGAGCAGAUCCGUGGUGUCAUUGCUGACCCUGCCACCUCUGACUACGAGAAGGAGAAGCUCCAGGAACGUUUGGCUAAGCUCUCCGGCGGUGUUGCGGUCAUCAAGGUCGGCGGUGCUUCUGAAGUCGAGGUCGGAGAGAAGAAGGACCGUGUCGUUGAUGCCCUCAACGCCACCCGUGCUGCCGUCGAGGAGGGUAUCCUCCCCGGUGGUGGUACCGCUCUUCUUAAGGCCGCAGCUAACGGCCUCGCUGAUGUCAAGCCAACCAACUUUGACCAGCAGCUCGGUGUCAGCAUCGUGAAGAGCGCCAUCACACGCCCAGCCCGCACUAUCGUCGAGAACGCUGGCCUCGAGGGAAGCGUUGUUGUUGGUAAGCUUACCGACGAGUUUGCCAGCGACUUCAACCGUGGUUUCGACAGCUCCAAGGGAGAGUACGUUGACAUGAUUGCCUCCGGUAUUGUCGACCCCCUCAAGGUUGUCCGAACUGCUCUUGUUGAUGCCAGUGGUGUUGCCUCACUCCUUGGAACCACCGAGGUUGCCAUCGUCGACGCCCCUGAGCCCAAGUCUGCCCCUGCUCCUGGCGGUAUGCCCGGGAUGGGCGGCAUGGGUGGAAUGGGCGGUAUGUACUAA